AUGGCAAGAAUUUCAAGAAAAUGCGACAAUUGCAGGGCACGAGAAGUUGAAUGUGUCCCGAGUUCUACGAAUGGAUUCGCGUGCGAGCGCUGUCGACUUGGGAGAUUGAUAUGCGAGUCUCGGGAUUCGACUCUUUUUGAACCAAUUCAGACGACUCUCAGGAUGGCUCGGCAUCAGCUACAAACAAGGCCGCGAAGGCUGCAAUCGGACAACCGAACUUGCAAUAAUCAGGCAUCAACUGGUCCAUAUAUUUCACCUCGCUUUAGCUUUCGUGAUUUGGAGCCACCACUACCACCUUAUGAAGAGCCCAAGCCCACAGCUUCAGUCGAAGGCCCUUUUUCGAGCAGACGAGCGGAGACUCGAACAGAUGAACGUGUAGGGCAGAGUACCGAAGAAGAAGGAGCGGUGCUAAGAGAUGAGGAGACAAGUCGACAAACAUCGGAAGAAGAGGUUCGAGGAAGCAAAGAUGUUGUUUCGGGCCCGGAAAUAGAUCAUGCUGCUGUGCGAUGUAAAACACAGCUCAGUGUGUUGCAGUUGGAUCGGACUAUCGAAUCCGAUGCUCGGAAAUUGACUGAAGAUGUCGGCGAAGGAGGUUCGACUUCGAUUUCCGGACGAGAAAGCAGAUUCAAAAUAGAGUGGGGUGAUUGUGCACCGAGGACGACAAGGAGGACUCGGGCCUUGAAGAUUGAAGAGAGGUUUGAAGCUUAUCACCAGAGCCAGAUGGCAACUUUGAAGAAAAUUGGAGCGUUGAUGGACGAAGAGGUUUUCGAAGAAUUUAAGUACUCAGUGGAGGAGUGGACCGAGGAGUUGAAGAAUUUAGAGAAAAAUCUGAAAGAAUAUUAG